AUGUCCGCCCCUGCACCCUGUCCUCUGCUGUACACAAGCGUCCAUAAAACCUCUGCUGAUGUGGACGCCCCUCGCUGCUCGCCCCUCACUCACCUCCGGCCGGGAAGGAUCUCCAAAGGAAGGAUCCCCAAAGGAAGGAUCUCCAAAGGAAGGAUCCCCAAAGGAAGGAUCUCCAAAGGAAGGAUCCCCAAAGGAAGGAUCUCCAAAGGAAGGAUCCCCAAAGGAAGGAUCUCCAAAGGAAGGAUCCCCAAAGGAAGGAUCUCCAAAGGAAGGAUCCCCAAAGGAAGGAUCCCCAAAGGAAGGAUCCCCAAAGGAAGGAUCCCCAAAGGAAGGAUCCCCAAAGGAAGGAUCCCCAAAGGAAGGAUCCCCAAAGGAAGGAUCUCCAAAGGAAGGAUCCCCAAAGGAAGGAUCCCCAAAGGAAGGAUCCCCAAAGGAAGGAUCUCCAAAGGAAGGAUCUCCAAAGGAAGGAUCCCCAAAGGAAGGAUCCCCAAAGGAAGGAUCCCCGAAGGAAGGAUCCCCAAAGGAAGGAUCCCCGAAGGAAGGAUCCCCGAAGGAAGGAUCCCCGAAGGAAGGAUCCCCAAAGGAAGGAUCCCCGAAGGAAGGAUCCCCAAAGGAAGGAUCCCCAAGGAAGGAUCCCCAAAGGAAGGAUCCCCGAAGGAAGGAUCCCCAAAGGAAGGAUCCCCGAAGGAAGGAUCCCCGAAGGAAGGAUCCCCGAAGGAAGGAUCCCCAAAGGAAGGAUCCCCGAAGGAAGGAUCCCCGAAGGAAGGAUCCCCGAAGGAAGGAUCCCCAAAGGAAGGAUCCCCGAAGGAAGGAUCCCCAAAGGAAGGAUCCCCGAAGGAAGGAUCCCCAAAGGAAGGAUCCCCAAAGGAAGGAUCCCCAAAGGAAGGAUCCCCGAAGGAAGGAUCCCCAAAGGAAGGAUCCCCGAAGGAAGGAUCCCCGAAGGAAGGAUCCCCGAAGGAAGGAUCCCCGAAGGAAGGAUCCCCGAAGGAAGGAUCCCCAAAGGAAGGAUCCCCAAAGGAAGGAUCCCCGAAGGAAGGAUCCCCAAAGGAAGGAUCCCCGAAGGAAGGAUCCCCGAAGGAAGGAUCCCCAAAGGAAGGAUCCCCAAAGGAAGGAUCCCCAAAGGAAGGAUCCCCGAAGGAAGGAUCCCCAAAGGAAGGAUCCCCGAAGGAAGGAUCCCCGAAGGAAGGAUCCCCGAAGGAAGGAUCCCCGAAGGAAGGAUCCCCAAAGGAAGGAUCCCCGAAGGAAGGAUCCCCGAAGGAAGGAUCCCCAAAGGAAGGAUCCCCAAAGGAAGGAUCCCCAAAUGAAGGAUCCCCAAAUGAAGGAUCCCCAAAGGAAGGAUCCCCGAAGGAAGGAUCCCCAAAGGAAGGAUCCCCAAAUGAAGGAUCCCCAAAGGAAGGAUCCCCAAAGGAAGGAUCCCCAAAGGAAGGAUCCCCGAAGGAAGGAUCCCCAAAGGAAGGAUCCCCAAAGGAAGGAUCCCCAAAGGAAGGAUCCCCGAAGGAAGGAUCCCCAAAGGAAGGAUCCCCAAAGGAAGGAUCCCCGAAGGAAGGAUCCCCAAAGGAAGGAUCCCCAAAGGAAGGAUCCCCGAAGGAAGGAUCCCCGAAGGAAGGAUCCCCGAAGGAAGGAUCCCCAAAGGAAGGAUCCCCGAAGGAAGGAUCCCCAAAGGAAGGAUCCCCGAAGGAAGGAUCUCCAAAGGAAGGAUCCCCAAAGGAAGGAUCCCCGAAGGAAGGAUCCCCAAAGGAAGGAUCUCCAAAGGAAGGAUCCCCGAAGGCAGCUCCUUCAAGAACUCGAGCCGCAACAGCCAAGAGGGACUACCCCGAGCGCAGCCCUGUGAUCCCAAAGACAUUUCCAAAGGAAUUCCCGAGUGCAUAUAGCCAGGCAGACAGACAGGAAGAAAUAUGUUGUCAGCUGAUAGGUCCAUGUAUAUUCUUUGAACCCUGGUCUUAA